CUUUUGUUGUGUGUUUACCCAUAGGUACUUUUGAAGUUUGAGGAUCAGUUGUUUGUAUUUGCCGGCAAAUCACAGCGUUAUUCAAAUAUUCCGGCGAGAGUUUUUUCUUCGUCUUUUUCCUCCGUUUUUCUGUCAUAUCAUUAUGGGAGCGUAUAAAUUUAUGCAGGAGCUUUAUCGUCACAAGCAGUCUGAUGUUAUGCGCUUUAUUCGGCGCAUGAGAUGCUGGGAAUACCGCCAAACGAAUGCGAUAGUUCGCACGACUCGACCCUCCCGUCCGGAUCGAGCACGGCGCUUGGGCUACAAGGCUAAGCAGGGCUUCGUCAUUUACCGCAUUAGGAUCAGACGGGGAGGACGUAAAAGGCAGGUUCCUAAAGGCGCCACUAAUGGGAAGCCCACUAACGAAGGAGUGAAUCAACUGAAAAAUCAGCGUUCCAUUCAAGCUGUUGCCGAGGAACGUGUUGGUCGCAAAUGCGGUGCUCUUCGAGUGCUUAACUCCUACUGGGUCGGUGAAGAUAGCACCUUUAAAUACUUUGAAGUGAUAUGUGUUGAUCCCUUUCACAAGGCCAUCAGACGGGACCCCAGCAUUCGUUGGAUUUGUAAAGCACACCACAAGCACCGAGAGAUGCGUGGCCUUACUUCUGCUGGCAAGAAAUCUCGUGGGCUCGGCCAUGGGCAUAAAUUCCACAAGACCAUCGGCGGCUCACGGCGCGCCGCAUGGAGGCGUGUGAAUCAAGUCUCGAUGCGACGCAAGCGUUAAUUGUACGAUAAUCUAAUGAGAUAUACAUUUCUUUGGCUU